AUGCUGCCCUUUCGCAUUCAACUAACCGUACUUUCUGAGCUUACUCCCAAGUUCCGAGUAUCAUUCCUUGUCUCCAAUGACAACGACUAUGUCGACAGCAGGAUUGAUUCAUUGAACGGCAAUGACUUCUCAGCUCGUCCAGAUAAUGUGACAAGAUGUCGGCACCUGACGGACUCGUUGUCAAUUGGUUACAACUAUGACAAUCGAGAUCUCGGCUUCCAAGGGACCUUCAAAAAGACCAGACGUUCUGUCCCUCGUUGCUGCUUCACUCCUCGUUAUAUCAAACCUCGAAAAGCUGAGACACUGGCAGCAUCCUCUCUAGGACUUAUAGCGACCUCCCUCUAUGCGCUCGGUCCUGAUGCGCUUAAUCCUGAUCCACUGCUUGCACAGGACAGCCAUCCCCUUGACGACAAAGAGGGCAACCGCUGUCUCAAUCUACCUUCCGCCGGCGAAAGCGGCAAUGCGGCAAUCAAAACGGAGACGGAGGCGGACCUUUACUACUACUACUACUAG